AUGAAAAAGAAAAGUCUGUAUGUUCUUAUAUUUGAUACACCUACCUAUCUAUCUAUCUAUCUAUCUAUCUAUCUAUCUAUCUAUCUAUCUAUGCCAGUUCUUUCUUUUUUGUCAUUUUAUAAUCUAAAUCUCUGUAAAUCUAUCUAUCUAUCUAUCUAUCUAUCUAUCUAUCUAUCUAUGCCAGUUCUUUCUUUCUUUCUUUUUUUCUCCUUUCCUUUUUCCUCUUCUUUCUUUCUUUCUUUCUUUCUUUCUUUGUCAUUUCAUAAUCUAAAUCUCUGUAAGUCUGUUUACAUCUAUCUAUCUAUGUCAAUUAUUGCUUUAUUUCUGUUCUUUUUUUCUUUCUUUUUCUCUUCUUUCUUUCUUUUCUUUCUUUCUUUUCUUUCUUUCUUUGUAUUUUACAUCUAUCUAUCUAUCUAUGUCAAUUAUUUCUUUCUUUCUUUCGUUCUUUUUUUUCCUUUUCUUUUCUCUUCUUUCCUUCUUUCUUUCUUUCUUUUUCUUUCUUUCUUUCUUUUCUUUGUCAUUUCAUAUUUUCAUUAUCUAUCUAUCUAUCUAUCUAUCUAUCUAUCUAUCUAUCUAUCUAUGCCAGUUCUUUCUUUCUUUCUUUUUUUUCCUUUCCUUUUUCCUCUUCUUUCUUUCUUUUCUUUUCUUUCUUUCUUUGUCAUUUCAUUCUUUCUUUGUAAGUCUGUUUACAUCUAUCUAUCUAUGUCAAUUAUUGCUUUAUUUCUCGUUCUUUUUUCUUUCUUUUUCUCUUCUUUCUUUCUUUCUUUCUUUUCUUUCUUUCUUUCUUUCUUUCUUUUUCUUUCUUUCUUUCUUUCUCAGUUCUUUUCUUUUUCUUUCUUUUUCUUUCUUCUUUUUUUUCUUUCUUUCUUUCUUUCUUUGUCAUUUCAUAAUCUAAAUCUCUGUAUAAUCUAUCUAUCUAUCUAUCUAUCUAUCUAUCUAUCUAUGCCAGUUCUUUCUUUCUUUCUUUCUUUCUUUCUUUCUUUCUUUCUUUUUUCUUUCUUUCUUUUUGUCAUAUCAUAUCUAAAUCUCUGUAAAUCUAUCUAUCUAUGUUUCAUCUAUGUUUCUCGUUCUUCCUUCUUUCUUUCUUUCUUUCUUUCUUUCUUUCUUUCUUUGUAUUUUCAUUAUCUAUCUAUCUAUCUAUCUGUCUAUCUAUCUAUCUAUCUAUCUAUCUAUCUAAUUGUUGGGACAUGUUUCAAAUAUUCAUCCCAAUACUUUAUCUAG